AUGAACACGCUCUGCAGCUCCAUCCUCCUGACCCAGCUGCUCCUCCACCUGCUACCAGUCUGUGACGGCUCCACGCAGACGCUGAUUGGGCAAACCGGAGAGUCGGUUACUCUGCCCUGCCGCUACGAUGCCAAAGCUAACGGACUCACACGGAUAUGCUGGGGGAGAGACGUAGUGCCGAUAAACAAAUGCAGCAACACAAUCGUUUCAACCGACGGAGAAAAAGCGACCUUCAAACAAUCGCGCAGAUACCGGUUACAGAGCGGAGUAGAGAAGGGAGACGUGUCACUGACCAUCAUCAACCUAACGGAGGAAGACUCCGGGAUCUACGGAUGCAGGGUGGUGAUUCCAGGCAUGUUUAACGACCUGAAGCUAAACUUUAACUUGACUGUUGUAAAAGCUGCCCAGAAAACUCAUUCUGAAACACGGACAACUAUACCUGCUGAAACUGAGAAGUUGGAUGUCCCGUUCCUGGUUACGGUCCAAAACGAGGACAUAAUGGAAGACGCAACCCACCUGCCAACCAUCAAGAUGGACUCCUCCACCAGCACAGACGAUCUUCCCUCCAACGAAGUCGAGAAGAUUUCUCACAAAUUCUACGGAAAUAUCAUAAGGCUAGGACUGGUCAUCUUCAUCCCAGGACUGAUUGUCCUGGUAAUUCUUGACCUCAGGUCCCUUCAGCAGAAGAAUCGCAGGAGAAGUGCGCAGUCGGAUGACAGCGCCCCCGCUGUCCCAACUGACGCACCCGCGGCUACAUUCGGCUUCCUCAUGCUGUACCCACAGAUACUCUGA